CCAGUCAUGAACUGGAGGGUCAAACCUAGCUAUCCAUCGGACAGUCCACUUUCAGCCUUUCUGAGUCCCAGGUCAUAGAAGUGGCCCUACCCUUGGUCGAAGGCAGCUGUGGCACUGACACUGGCCACUGCUGUGCCUUCAUUGGCUUCAAUGCAAUCAAACUCAAUAGAAGAGAAACUGUCAUCUUCAGCUCCUGACCCAGGACCGUCCACCAGGAGCAUGGAACUCCUUAAUGGCCAGCUCUGGCUGGUGCUGCUGUGGGCACUGGUGUGGGUAGAGGGUGCAGGAUCUGCAUGCCCAUCCUGUGGGGGCCCAGCACUGGCACUUCAAGCAGAACGAGCUCUGGUGCUGGAGCUAGCCAAGCAACAGAUCCUCAAGGGGCUGCACCUGACCAGCCGUCCCAGAAUAACUCAUCCUCCACCUCAGGCAGCACUGAGCAGAGCCGUCCUGAGACUGCAGCCUGGGACUGUGGCUCCAAGGAAGGGGGAGGAGGUCAUCAGCUUUGCUACCACCACAGAUUCCUCCACUUCCACCUGCAGCUCCAUGCUCACUUUUCAGCUGUCCACCCUUCAGUCCCACCACCUGUACCACGCCCGCCUCUGGCUGCAUGUUCUCCCCACCCCUCCGGGCACUCUUCACCUGAGGAUCUUCCAGCGGAGCCCAGGGAGGAGGCACGGAAGGUUGCCUGCUCUCCUGGCGGAGCACCAAAUAAAUGCUCCCGGCUGGCACGCCUUGAUUCUGCCCUCUGGUGGCUUGAGGGGUGAAGAGUCUGGGACGGUGAAACUCCAGUUGGACUGCAGACCUCUCAAAGACAAUGGCACAGCUGCUGCGGGACCACCGAGGCAGCGCCUGGACACAGCAGCAUACCACCGUCCCUUUCUGGAGCUUAAGAUUCGCCCCUACGAGCCUGGAGCAGGUCGGACCAGGAGGAGGACCCCCAUCUGUGAGCCUGAGACCCUCUUAUGUUGUAGGCGAGACUAUUAUGUAGACUUCCAAGAACUUGGAUGGCGAGACUGGAUCCUACAGCCAGAGGGGUACCAGCUAAAUUACUGCAGUGGACAGUGCCCCCCUCAUCUGGCGGGCAGCCCCGGGAUUGCUGCCUCCUUCCACUCUACAGUCUUCAACCUCCUCAAAGCCAACAACCCUUCGCCUGCAGGCACCUCCUGCUGUGUGCCCACUGCCCGAAGACCUCUCUCCCUUCUCUACCUCGACGGCAAUGGAAAUGUGGUCAAGACAGAUGUGCCAGAUAUGGUGGUGGAGGCUUGCGGCUGCAGCUAACAGAACUCAGGGGUUUAGAGUGAAGAGAUCAAGUUGGGGGUUUUUAGGAAAAGGGUAUCUGUGUCUGGGGGCAUCAAGUUUUCAGAUCCAUACUCCCACCCAAUAGGCUGCCAAAGAGUAUGACUGGGUUGACACCUAUGCCCCAGUGGUGCUCUCCUGUCCCAGACACUGGCCUACUGCAGGCUGGUUGAUGUGUGGAGUGAUAGGUAAAGUACUUCUGGUAAGAGGACAACCCAGACAGCACGAUUUCCUACCUUAACCCCUGUGAGAAAAUGGCAGGGGCUGGUGAGGGAGGGAGGGAAAGAAAAGGCAGAGAAAAAUUAGUCUCUCCCAGAACUGAAAGUCCUCUGGUAAUGGAAAAAGAAAGCAGAAGGCCCGGAAACCUUGGGAUGGGGUAAAGAGGCUGGCAGAGGACAGGGACUGUUGAGGGCUGCUUCUUCUUCUUCUCCUUCUCCU